AUGUUCCGCACCAAAGGAAUACGGGAUAAGAAACUGCUGCCAAUUUUCGGCACAUUGAUUAUUGGCACAGUGUUGAUAUUCAGCUGGAAUGGAGGACACCAGGCCAAACCAAACCAAAUCUCCCUAGAAGCGUUCCUAGUGAAGCCGAAUAUGUCAGAUAAUGCUUGGCACGUAUUGCCCAAUCUGCGAGAACUCCAAUGGCCCAUUGCUCCGUGCGCACCAGAUCCGACCAGUGUGCCACCGUUCAAAAUGAACCGAUCACCCAGACCGUUUUCGAACAUNAUUGCUCCGUGCGCACCAGAUCCGACCGGUCGAAAGUUCCCGAACGGAACUGUCUAUCCGUUACCCAAAGCAUUUGAACCGUUAAUGAGUUGCGGUCAACGAGCUUUGUCAAAACGUAUGCUCAAACGAUUCUCUGAUCUGAUGUUCGAAAACGGUCUGGGUGAUCGGUUCAUUUUGAACGGUGGCACACUGGUCGGAUCGUUCCAACAUCAUGAUUUUGUGCCUUGGGAUGAUGAUGUGGACGUGAUGAUUGAUAUCACGGUGCGUGAUAAAGUACGUGAACGUUUGGUCACAUUGGGCCCGGAAUACACAUUCGUCGCACGUCCUUCCCAUGACAAAAUUUUCACACCACUUAUAGACGAGAAAGAGAACGAAUUAGAUGUGGAACGUAGUCGACACUCGUCCCGAUAUUCGUGGGGUUGGCCCUAUAUUGAUAUUGGGUAUUUCGAAUCGAAUUCCACACACGUAUGGGACUUGACCAACAGAAAUAAUCCGCGUCGAAUCAUAUCCAAAUUGAUUCUAUUCCCGCUCAUGUUUCGUCCACUCGGUCUGGACUGGUAUCCGACCCCGUACGACACACUGGGCUACAUUCGACAAGUGUACGGACGAGGAGGUGGUUGUGCCAUAUUCGGCUAUUCACACGUCCUAGAAGGUCGUGGUCCAUCCGGUCGUAUGCCCUGUUGGAGCCUGGGUAAACGAUACGCGUUUGUUGAGCACAGACUGGUUCGUCCGGAUCAGUAUAAACUGGUGGAUUCUGAGGGCACAAUUGCAUUCACAGUUGGCAAAGAAACUCUGUUCUAUCGCACCCGUUACGGUCCACUGGUUGUGCACACAAUUCACCUACCCACUUUGUUUGAUCAUACCGAUGUGAAUAUGUAUUCGUUUGCGGAUGAAGAUUUGUGA